AUGAAGACACAAGCUGUUAUUCUACAGACCUUGGUGUCUUUUGCCGCGGCCUCGCCCCUUGUCCCUCGUCAAGCCAUUGAUGUCGACCUCGUGAACUCGGCCCCUGAUCCGACGUUAGUCACCGUCCCGAUAGGGCCGACAGCCGACUCCGUGAACUACGACCUAGCAGCAGCCACCCAGCUGGCCGUUGCCGAUCCCCUCACUGUCCCUGCCGCCACUAAACGCGACCUUGCAGCCCGAACGGCUUGCGAGGUGCAGCCAACCGGAGCUGGCCCCGUUCCGGAUGUCGAUAAUGACGAUAGCUUCCUCAAGUUCGCAGACUUCUCAGACGCGGCGACAAGCGCCCUCGUUCCGUCUGGAUAUCAGCAGACCUACACCGACCUUCAGGCUAGCAGCAUCGCCUAUGGCUACCUGGGCUACAGAACUCUGGACAGCUACGACACCAGCGCCUGCGCCGCACAGUGCGACACCAUUACAGGGUGCUCAGGAGUCAACAUCUAUUUCGAACGGGACCCAACCGUCGAGCCUGCAGCUGACUGCCCGAACCCGCCCUCCACCACCGUCAUCAAGUGCGUGCUUUGGGGCGGCUACGUCGCCGCGGAGAACGCGAAGAACGACGGCCAGUGGCGCGACGACUUCCACGUCGUGAUCGCCGGCUCCAACGGCUAUAUGAAGACGGCCGUCCCGGCCGUUUCCGGCUUCGAAGGUGAAUCCCUCGGAAACUCCACCAUCAACGCACCGAAUAACUGCCUUGGCCAGAACACCUACAUGGGCUCCAAGAUCUUCAGCACCAGCAUCUUUGAUCCCAGCCUCUGUGGCGCUGCCUGCACCUCCCAGAACCAGUACAACGUGGCGCACCCGCCGGCCCAGGGCGAGCCCAUGAUCUGCACUUUCUUCACGACGUACUUGAUGGCGAAGAACGGCAAUUCCCAGGGACAGUAUUGCGCCAUGUAUACCCAGUCCUGGGAUAGCUCGUAUGCUGUCAAUGAUGGGCAAUGGCGCGGACAGGACCAUUACACGGUUGAAUAUGCGUUCUCGUACUCGAACGCUACGUCGUCCGGCGGUCCACAAUGCAGCAAAUAG